AUGUUGCAAGACGAGAUAGAAUCAUACCCAAAUACAUUUUUGCGAUACACCUAUCCUGAAUCACUAGGCGAGUCUCGCCGCGUCAUUACACCUCUUCUUGAGGCGGUAGCAGACGAAGUUGUGUUCGUGCCAAACGCUACUACGGGUAUCAAUACUGUUUUGAGAAACCUCGUGUGUGAGAUAGGCGAUGUAGUUGUUUAUUUCAGCACUAUCUAUGGGGCAUGUGCGAAGACCCUUCAGCCUAUCUGUGAGAUCUCGCAUGUUGGGCUGGAGAUGUUUCGUGUUGAAAUUGAUUAUCCCACCGAAGAUGAGGAUGUUAUCUUCAAGUUUUCAGGUACUAUCGAACAAUUACGAGAGAAUGGGAGGAAUAUCAAGGUAGCCAUUUUUGAUACCAUAGUAGCUUUACCAAGCGUGACAUUUCCCUGGGAAGCGAUGGUGAAAGUGUGUAAAGAUUUAGGUGUGUUAAGCCUCAUCGAUGGUGCACAUGGAAUCGGACACAUUGAUCUCUCGCACUUAGGACAGUUGGACCAGACUUUUUCGAGGUCAAGAAUGGCGGAAGUUCUCCAUACGGAAAUUUUGGAGAAUUGUUCAGGUUCCAUAAACAAGUCUUGUUUCGCCAAUGUCCGUUUGCCUUUGCAGAUUAUGCAGACUUCCGCCGAAGUUUGUGCUGAAUCCGAGACUGGGCACUUCUCAAUAGGUUCCUCAGAUGCCCCUGAGAUUGCCAAAUGGAUCGAAGAAACAUUCAUCAAGAGAUAUGAUACAAUGAUCAUUACCAAGUAUUAUUCAAGCCGUUUAUGGGCUAGAAUUAGUGGUCAGAUCUAUCUUGAAAUGGCAGAUUUAGAAUGGGCAGCACAAAGACUUAAGGAUCUCCGCUCAAGGGUCGAGGAAGGACACUGGAAGCGGGUGUGA